UGGAAAUCCAACUUGAAAACGAAAAUAGAGAAUAUGAUGUCAGCUUGAAAACUUCUUUUUAAUUCAAUGUUUUUAUUUUUUUAAAUUUUAUUAUAGAACAUUCAUAAAUAGCUGCCUGUGGACGUGGAAGAGGUCUCCUACUGUUCAUUACAAUGAGUGGGGACAGUAUAGCUAGGUGCCUAGAGAUGGUGAUAGGAGGAGCUGGUGAUGACCAACUCACCAGUAGCUGUAUUUGCUCAAUUACUCCGAGAAAUUGCUCAUGCAGAUAUAAUCAAGAUCUCAACUCCAUGUACAGAGGAUUAGAUGUACAUAUUGCCGGGUCCAAGACUCUAGUUUGCCAUCUUAGAACUUCAUCUCAUCCACCAUUGAAAUCCAAGAUUUCUGAAAAGACUAGCAGUAAAUCCAAGACAAAUGGCUGUGAUAAUAAAACCUGUGAUAGAGACAAGCCAGUAUUCCAAGAAGGUUUAACAGAUGGAGGCAGCAGUAGAUGCAACCUUUCGACACUGAACUUAGUGAUGUUAUAUUUUCUCAUCUCAAGUCUGAUUUUCGAUAAGGCCCACUCACAAGGAGUGUUCAUAGAAGUUGAUGACAUCUGUAUUGGUACGUGUGUUGCCCAGAAAGAUUGGAAGUUUAAUGGAAAUUGCCCACAAACCCACUGUGACUAUCAAUGCGCCGCCCAACGCCUUGCCCACCAAGUUGGUCAUCGUGAUGGAACCGAGUACCACUGUGCUCUAAAUUACCAUAAUCGCUCCGAGAAUAGGCAAACUUGGGCUGAGGUUCAAAAUUGCAAAAAAGGGGAGCAGCCAUAUGUAAUGUUGUAUGGUAACACAAUAGAAUUGCCAACAAGCAAGUGGAUGAUAGUAUGCGACAAGUGUAAUGACAAUAUGUACUACAACAGCGAUGAAAGUACCAGUUCAAACACAUACAAUACCUGUACAUUUGAGAAAAGGAAUCGAUGCACUCCUGAGAACCAUAAAAUCAAUUGUGGAAUACCAUGGGAGGAGAGAACAGAGUCAGAUGGAUACUGUAGGUGUGACUAUGAACAGGGCUAUGCCCCUUUUAAUGGGGACAUUAAUGUUCCUAUGUGCUUUUACUCAGAGGAAGAGUGUGUGAUAAAGAAAUGUCCACCAGGAAAGGAGUUGGUAUCAAACUACAGUUGUGUUCCUGUCUGUCCAAAAGGGUAUUACCGUGACAAGACCUCAAGAGAGUGCUCACGGAUUAUAAGUCCUUCUGUUUCUAUUCCAUCUGUGCCACCUACAACACGGAACACGACUGUACAAACCCCAAGCCAGUCCACACAUGGCCGACCAGUAGUUACAUUCCCCUCUACAAGUACAGAUAAACAAUCCAUUCCAAUAGAAUCAUCAAUUUUGGGGACAUCAGCAAUCAUAGGAAUUUGUUUUACUGUACUCAUUAUCCUGGCUCUUAUGAUCUUAUUAAUUGUAAGCUGCAAGUACGGUCCACUUGGACCAUGCCUAUUAAGAUACUUAAUUGUACGGCAUCGAAGGGACAGUACCUACCGGUAUUCAGAAGUGAAUACAGAACCUGAUUCAAGAACACCACGUGCAAGCAAUGGGGCUUCAGGGCAAAAUUGUGGCAGCUCAAAUGCAUCUCAGUCUGUCCAUUAUAAAACAGAGAUACAUGUUCAAGGAGACUAUAUAAAAACAGAGGGUGGCAAAGUCUAUAUUAAGAAUGAGCUGAAUGAUGAUAUCCAUCAUGAGACUCCUGAUGACACUCCAGAAAUAAAUAGAAGACAAAACCAACAGAGAAAAGUUCCAGUCUCUGCUGAGUAUGGAGUUUGUCCUGUUGAUGAAGAGGACCAGCCAUUAGUGCCAACACAUGAACCAACCAAACAAUCCAGCCCACUUCACCAGCCCAUUCAGAAUGAUCUCAACCCUGAAAAAGAUCUUGAUGUUCUCAAUGAACACCAGGAAAUCACAGAUCGAGAAUGCUCUGCCAUAUCCAACAACCUUGGAAAAGAAUGGGAAGCAUUUGUAUUAGAGCUCAACAUUACACAGGUCCAAAUUGAACAAAUCCAGAGAGAUCAUCCCUUUCAUGUGCAAGACCAGAUUCGCCAUGCAUUGAUUAUGUGGCGUAAUCGUGAAAUGAAAAAAGGCACAUCCCGGGACUCUCUGAUACAAAAGCUGAUCGAUGUAGCAAAAUGCGUACAGAGAGUAGAUCUGGAAGAGACUAUCCAUGAAAUUUUAGGAAAACCUUUACACAGUGAAUCUGAUGUGAGUGGCGGAGACGACUUGAGUACACAAUCGGAACAAUUUGAUAUCUUUUCCAAGCCUAUACAGAAUGAUCAAAGUGAAGUUGGAAAACAAACACUGGAAAAUGAAGAGCAAUAUUGCGAUGAAAAUCCUAGUAAUUCUCAUGAACAAACCACAUACAUACCCAAUAAACAACGUAAAAAUACAGAAGGCAAAGAAACUGAUGUAGAAGCAGUAAGGCAUGGUGUUACUGAACACGGUGAAGAAGAUGAACCUGCUGUUGGUGAGAUGAUGGGAAAUAUGCACAGGGUAGCAGGUGGGCUGUCAAAGACAGUUUCUCCUGUAGCGGACAUACCACAGGAGAGGGACAUACAGAAGGAUACACCAGAACCCAUAACAGAUGAAGUUAAGGAACAAAUCGCUAAAGAUGUCCUCCAGAAAGUCAUUCGGCAGCAAGGUUAUAACCAAUGUAAUUGGCCUGCAGUUUUGAAAUGGUUACAAGAAACGUCUCAAACACGUGGAGUGGAAUUAUUGGAAUUGCUUAGGUUCCCAACUGAGAUUGUUUCUCAUACACAGAUAAAACAAGAGCGCCAGGAUUGCACAGGAGUCCCUUCUCAGUUCACUGCCUACACGACAAGUGGGAAUGAAAACUCUUGCCUGUACCAGAGUGUUAGUGUCCUACUGUGUGGAGACGAGGGUCUGCAGUAUAGGCUUCGAUUAGCAGCCUUUGUUUUCAUUAUACAAAAUGUAAAUGACUACGUACAACAAGUGAUAAAAUACAGCAAAAUAGAUGAGGACAAAGAGGAACAAGUUGUUCUGCAUUUUCUGCAAAGUAAUAUACAAGUGAAGUCUUCAGAGUAUUCCAACACGAGUGAGGGUAUUACAGCUGGAAUGAAUUGUUUAGUACAGGAAACACCAAAGCUGGGUGUCGAUAGCAGUUCCUUCCAUGUCGACUUUUUGUGUGGUGCAUUGCAAAGAAAUAUAGAGUCCUUCUACUCAACCGAGUUGGUCAAGAACACGCGCUUCAUACCCUGGAUUCCCAUCAUUGAAGGCCUGACAACAAGUGGACAGCAGCUUCACAUAUUUUGGACUAGUUUUAGUGGAGACAGUGGAAGAUUGGAUCAUAUUGUGCCAUUGUUUAAAAUUGAGUGAUAUGUUAUAAGAGGAUAAUAGUUUGUUUGGGUGUAAAAUCGUGGUAUAUUUCCCCUAGUAAGCACCUAAAGCUAUAUUUACGAGAGGGAUAGACACAUGUGAAAUACUUACGUUUCGUGUUCAAGGGGUUAAAUUUAUUUAUACUGAAUCACUUUCUUCUUUUUUAUUGUAUGCGUAAAAAGGAACGCAUUUUAAUACUUUUAAUAGUGUGGUUUUUUUUUUUAAAUAAGCAAGCCAAAUUUUAUUUCUGCAUAAGCCCAGUGAACCCUGGCUUUAUUUGGGAUGUGAGAGCAGGCUUAAAUUGAAAACAGCGAAAAAAAUUGAAACAGUGAAGUUUCAUUAUCAUUUCACUGAUAAAUAAUAAAGACAUUUAUGUUAUCAAAUUUUGUACUUUUGGAUUGCAUAUUAUUAAAGUUAUUUACUGACAUGUUUAGUACAUGUAUGUGGUCAUUCAUUAUGUACAUCAGAAUGAUGAUUCUAUGCGUACAACAUGUGUUAGUUUAUCAUAAUCUAACCUAAUGAAUGAGAAUGUUGUUGUCGAGAUGAGACUUUUCUAAACGAAUGAAGUGGUCUUUAUUCAUUUGUGAAAUGACCAUAUCAUUAUACAGGCUACUCACUUGGCCAUUUACUUGACAUCCUUAUGUGGAACUAAUAUAAAGUACUGAGAUAUAUUAAAAGACUAUGAUAUGUUUUAUAAAUUGAUAAUUUAAAGUUUACCUUAUCUUGGGUCAUGAAUAUCUUAUUCAAUCAUUUUAUUUCUGUUGCUUUCUGCAUACAAGGGGGUCUCCACCCACCUUACAUGUACAUGUAUGUGUUGAGUGUAUUUGAAUUGAUAAGUAUAUGUAUAACUGUUUCAUCAUCUUUUAAUUAGAUAAUCAUUAUUUAUUCAUAGUUGACCUUAUAUAAAUUGAGCCACUUCGUUUCUGAUUCAUUUAAUGUCUUGGAGAUGUAUUUUUAAUAUUAUGAACAAACUGUCAUGGCUGCCGGACCGCCCGGUGGGCACUGGUAGUACUGUUUGUUUGUUUAUAUGAGUUUAUCAAGGUCUGCCCGCGCCCAUUGGCUGCAUUAUCGCUUGACCCCGCCGUGACGCUAUCACGACUUAAAUUGUGUUUAAUGCCUUAAGUGACAUGAGAUAGAAGUGACAGCAAUUCGCAGUCAAAUCCAGACUUUGGAAGACUAGAAGAUAUAGAGUGAGAUACAAGAGAUCUGGGUGCGAUACCCUAGCUCUUUGCGAAGAGACCUCUUGGUUCUUUAACGUGCUCGGUGUAAAGCACCGAUACACGGAAUACAACUUUCCUGGGUUGACCCAGUACUGAGUACACCACUUUUCCAAGCACUACCUUUUAAAUCCCAAGCGCCAGGCAAGGGAGCUACUUGUACCAGCUUUUAACGUCUUUCGGUAUGACGCGGCCGCCGGGAUCGAACCCACGACCUCCCGCCCCGUAGAGACGAAAUUGCUCCUUUGGCGAAUUUCCCAUUAACCGAUGGAAGUAAAACUCCCCUUUUGGCUUCAAAAACCUGUUUAAGUCACACUUUGGAAUGUGACAGGGUCAAGCCAUAAUGCAGCCAUAAUAGUGCGCGGACAGACCUGUAUAAACUCAACAACAACAACAACAACGAGAUUAGCUAUAUUGUGGCGGAUCUGUGGUCUAGUAGUAACACAUGACUAUCAAGCCAAGGGUCGCAGGUUCUAUUUCCCGUUGCAUCACUAAAAAACCCAAACAAUUUGUCUUCCGGGAGGGACGUAAAAUGGGGGUCCCGUGUGACUGUGCUAUACAUGUUAAAGAACCAGGUAGCUCUAACCAGGGUUACAUUCUGUCAGUGCACUAUGCUCCAACAACCUAAAAUUUACUAACAAUCUUAACGGAGCACUCACCCAAUGGGCAAAGCCCGAGUGCGAGUAUAAAUAAGCUUACACACCCAGAUUAGCUAGCUUGACUUUUGACGUUGAAUAGCUUGGUAGGGCUUGAGAGUACCCGUAAAUCAGAUAGGUCUGGUAGUUUGACCUUAUAUAAAGAACAAGUUGAUUUAACGAUAGAUAGUUAAUUGUUACCAAAUAUAAAAACAUGAGAGUCCAUGUAACUUAAAUCUGUUAUCUGAUGACUAUACAUGUGUUUGAUGUUCAUGAUUCGAAGAUAUACGAAUACAUUAUAAACUGUUACUCGUUA